AUGACUGGGGUUCCACUCCUGGGUGCGAUGGACGGGUCGAUGUGUGCAGCGUCCAUGCCUGGACAGUCGAGCUAUCCAUCUCUCUUUCAGCCAAGCGCGGAGAUCCCUCCAUUCUUCGUCACAUACCGUUGGUGGGAGGAUGAAGCAACCACCGUCCUUUGGGCCUUCGAUGUGGACGACAUCAAGCGAGUGAUCCAGUACGGUCUUUAUCGGGACGAGAACCUGCCUCGUAAUUCUCUGCAGAGUCGGAAUGCAUCGGCUGUGGACAACUUCCUUCUCACUCUUAUCCAACCCACAGAGGGGGCCUUUAUCGCCAACCUAGCGUUUAUUCAGAAGGUUGAAGAGGUUAUCCGCCGAUGCAAAACCAACGGUCCUUCCCUCGUUGCUUGGAGUUGGUUCCCACCACAAGUGAACCGUGACUUGGAUCCGGCUGCGCUUGCGGACGCCAUCGAUGCCGAAAGCCACCUGCACUUCACUCGGAUUCCCUUCGAAGACCUGGUCCGUUACUCUUUAGGAUAUCCUGCGGUCUCUGUCGAGUGGUUCUUACAGCAGCAUACCGCGCUGUACAUUCAUUUACUGAAUUACUUCAAUACAUUUCCAGAAGAGAUGGUGAGGUAUGCUGAAGUUGAACAACAUCUUCGAAACCGCAGCCCAUUCGCUCACCGCGUCUUGCUUCAUUGCCUGCUCACCCUGCAAUCGGGAGGAAAGUAUGAGAUACCGAGCACAGCACCCGGCUUCGAAUUUAUAGCCGGCCCGAUUCAAGCUCUGUUCAAGGACCUCCCUCCCAGUCUGACGUCGAUAUUGAAAGUGCUGUGUGUUCUGAAAGUCCGCUUCCAACGGCACUAUGUGCACGCCCGAACGAUGGACUGGAUUCAGCCCUUUAAUAUCGACUUCUCCCUCUACGAAGACUUGACCGGAUCGACAUCGGCGGCGGAUUUCGCCCGCACGAUAACGACUGUAGAUGAGCGCAGUUUCUCCGCGCUGACGCCGCAGCAGGUUAUGGCGGAGGAUGCCGUGGUUAAGCGACUGCUGACCGGGUGGGAGUCGCUCAGUAUCGACGUAUGGGAAUGCUGCACUGCGCUGCCGGACAUGAUACCUUAUAUUCAAGAUUGUGUACGGGCUCUCCUUGUUCUUCGGAACUACCAUUCCUUCUCUGCCAUCGUCAACGGACUCCGAAAAUAUAGCAUCACCGACUCAAUCUUUAACAGCAACUGUGCCGCUAGCGUGACGCCUGUAAACCCGGUUGUUCCACCAGAUUUGUUGUUCCUCGUCGUGCCCUAUCAGAAUUACGCCGCCUACCGACAACAGUUCCAGUCAUCGCCCGGCAUUCCCUGUCUGAUUCCCCAUAUCAGAGAAUACCAACAGCACGGACAGCCAGCCUUACUACAAAUGUUCCAGAGGAUGCAAACCGCUAUGCGGUGA